AUAUUUCGUGCAGCAGACUCUCAUAAUCUGCUGGCGAGGCGACAGUGGCCUUUCACCCAAAGCCUUCAAAUCCACCAUCCACGCACCUAACCUUCUAACCGUACGAUCCUUCAAUUUCACUUCAGAAACCCUUCUCCUCUUCAAAUCUGAAGCAGCGUCGUCUCAAAUUUCGGUUCCCUUCUCUUCGAACCGGUUGUUUCCGCCAUGGUUUCCGAUUCUAUGUUGCCGGCAGCGGCAAAGCCGACUCCGACGGCAGAUCGGGAAGAAGACUCGUCUAGCCCCUCCGCCGCUCUACUCUCUUUCGACACCGAUUCCUACUCUUCAAACCCAUCUCAUAAAACCAGCAUUCUCUUCAUUUCUCUCACUUUCAUCACUUGUAUUGCUCUCUCCGCCGCCUUCGCCUUCGCCUUCCUCUUCUUCUCAGGCGCCAACGUCACUUCCACCGCCCGUCCUCUCUCUAAGCUGAAACAUCCCGUCGUUCUCUUAAUCUCCUCCGAUGGCUUUCGAUUUGGAUAUCAAUUCAAAACCUCAACCCCUAAUAUCGAUCGUCUGAUCGCCAACGGAACCGAGGCCGAGAGGGGUUUGAUUCCUGUUUUUCCGACCCUAACAUUCCCCAAUCAUUACUCGAUCGUCACUGGCCUUUACCCGCCUCAUCACGGCAUAAUCAACAACUAUUUUCUCGAUCCGGUCACCGGAGACGCCUUCACCAUGGCUAAUCACAACCCUAAAUGGUGGCUCGGCGAGCCGCUGUGGGAGACGGUGACCAAUCAAGGGCUCAAAGCAGCAACCGUAUUCUGGGUCGGCUCUGAGGUAAACAAAGGCUCAUGGUCUUGCCCUGUAAAUUACUGUCAUCAUUACAAUGGUUCGGUUCCAUUUGAGGAACGAGUAGAUAUGAUUUUGCAGUAUUUUGACUUGCCUAGUGAGGAAAUCCCUGUGUUUAUGACUCUGUAUUUUGAGGACCCGGAUCAUCAAGGUCACCAGGUUGGGCCUGAUGAUCCACAAAUCACUGAUGCCGUAGCUAGAAUUGAUUUAAUGCUUGGGAAACUCAUUUCCGGCUUGGAAAAACGAGGGGUUUUUGAGGAUGUUAACAUAAUCUUGGUGGGUGAUCAUGGAAUGGUUGGAACUUGUGAUAAGAAACUGAUAUUUCUUGAGGAUUUAGCUUCAUGGAUUGUGAUUCCAGAGAGCUGGGUUCAAUCAAGAACUCCUCUACUGGCAAUCCGUCCACCUCCCGAUGUUUCGCCUUCCGAGGUUGUUUCGAAGAUGAACGAGGCUUUGCGAUCUGGGAAAGUCGCGAACGGGAAUCGUUUGAAAAUGUAUGUGAAGGAAGAGCUUCCAUCUCGGCUUCAUUACAGUGCGAGCGAUCGGAUUCCACCGGUGAUCGGGUUGGUUGAAGAAGGAUUCAAGGUGGAGGCGAAGAACAGUAAGAGGAUGGAGUGUGGAGGAGCUCAUGGGUAUGACAAUGCCAUAUUUUCCAUGAGAAGUAUCUUCGUUGGGCAUGGCCCUCAGUUUGGAAGGGGGAGGAAAGUCCCAUCUUUUGAAAAUGUGCAGAUAUAUAACUUGAUUACUUCAAUUCUCAACAUUAAACCUGCUCCUAACAAUGGUUCUGCAUCGUUUCCCCAAUCUAUUCUCUUGCCUUCUGCAUAGGAUCUCGAAUCGGCGUACAAUAGUGUCGCUUUAACUCGAGCAUCGCUGUACGGGAUGUUCAAGAAUUUGACCACAAUGAGUGCGAAUCCAUCCAUUAGCAGUGGUUUAUAGCACUAGUUUGUAUGUUUUCCAUUGUGGUUUGUCGAUCAAAAGAACGACAGAGCGAGCUUGUAAUCUUUGAACUUUUAAGCUUAUGUCGUAUGUUGUUCUUCGUAUGCAGGGGGUAUCCUAUUCAAAAACUUUUAUCAGUUGAUAGAUAUCUAAAGCAAGUACUCAUAUCA